CUCUCAAAUCAACAGGUAUUCAAUCACGAUUUUAAAAAUUCCUUUAGAAUCUUGAGGUAUUCAAUCAUGAUUUAGAAAAAUCAUACCAAAUCGGGUGGUAUUUGAAACUCCACCGAUUUUGAAUGAUUUAUCAGAUGGUUGAUUUCAAAGGAUUCUAAAGGGCUUGGUAUAAAUACCAAACCCUAUCAGAAAUCACAACAUAAGUGGCCUGAUUUCACUUUCUCUCACUCUCUCUCUCUCUCUCUCUCUCUGAAGAUAAAGGGGGAAGAACACGAACUGGCUUGCUUCCCCGACGAGCUGAUAUGCGAUGAGAAGACGAACUGAAGGUGUGAAUCGUACUGGAAUCUCUCAGUUGUUCAAAAGGAAUCCGAAUUUUCAGGGUUGCUAAACCCCCUCUUUGUAUCAUAUGGGAAUUUCCUUUUCUUGCCCAUUUUCUGAGGACUGUGAUUUAAAAAGUGGGUUAGAGUCAGUAACUGUAAAAUCGAUCAGUUUUGGAGGUGAUGAAGUAAAAACUCCAGUUAGAUCAAUUAGUUUCAACAGCGGUGAUGCAGAACCUUCGAUAAUGAGAGCCUUAGGUUCUGGAAAGAUGACAUUAGAAACUUUUGUUAGCUUUAAGGGGGAUGAGAUAGAGAAAAUGGGCUUGCUUAAACAAAAGAGUACUGGCGUUACAUCAGUUAGCCCCCUCUGCAAAGAGGUGGACAUUGGAUCAAUCACCCCCAUUACCAAAGAAAUGGACAUUCCAUCCCCAAGAUCGGAUAGUUUGGUGGGGAUGAUCCAACCGGUGCAAACAGAUUUCACCAACCCCAAACACAUGGCGGCAAUUAAGUUGCAGAAAGUGUACAAAAGCUUUCGGACCAGAAGAAAGCUAGCAGAUUGCGCAGUUCUAGUUGAGCAGAGCUGGUGGAAACUAUUAGAUUUCGUUGAGCUCAAGCGCAUUUCUAUAUUAUUCUUUGAAAUUGAGAAACAUGAAACUGCCAUUUCACGUUGGUCGAGAGCAAGGACCAGAGCUGCCAAGGUUGGAAAGGGUUUAUCAAAGAAUAGUAAAGCACAAAAACUUGCUUUGCAGCACUGGCUUGAAGCGAUUGACCCAAGGCACCGAUAUGGACACAAUCUACACUUUUAUUACGUUAAGUGGCUUCAUUGUCAGAGUAGAGAACCAUUCUUCUACUGGCUAGAUAUAGGAGAAGGGAAGGAAGUGAAUCUUGAAAAAUGCCCUCGAUCGAAACUUCAACAGCAGUGUAUCAAGUAUCUUGGACCGAUGGAAAGAAUGGCUUAUGAAGUUGUUGUGGAGGAUGGAAAAUUAUUCUACAAGCAAUCAGGGGAGCUCCUCCAUACAUCUGGAGAAGACGAGGAUGCCAAAUGGAUUUUUGUUCUCCAUACAUCUGGAGAAGACGAGGAUGCCAAAUGGAUUUUUGUUCUCAGCACUUCAAAAAUCUUGUAUGUUGGCAGGAAACAGAAGGGCACCUUUCAGCAUUCCAGUUUUUUGGCUGGUGGAGCCACAUCUGCUGCUGGGAGAUUAGUAAUUGAGAAUGGUAUCAUCAAGUGCAUCACUCUGUCCAACAGUAGAUGGUCAAAGAGAGGAAACUCCAUAUAUAUGCACUGCCCCUGUAAAGGUGUAGUUGUAGUUUGAACUGAUGAGAUGACACAUAUGCACUGUCCAUGUAAAGUUGUGUAGUUGUAGUUUAGACUGAUGAGAUGACAUUCAUGAUGAAUAAAUUUGAU